CUGGUAAAAUUAGGAAUCUCUGAAAACACCUGCCUCAGGAAAUGAAAUAUUUAAUUGUGCGGUUAGGCAAAGACCGUAAAACCUUUGAGUUCUUUGAUGCUAUGGAUGAUUUGUUUGGAGUUCGACCCAACGUCAAUCCAGUGGCAACAGCGAGCAGCAGUGGAACAGGUGACACAGGUAUUGGUGUUACCCAAAUUGAUGAUAGCCAGCCAGAAGAUGACAAAAAUGACACUGAGUCAGCAUUACCAUUAUCAACUGCUAGAUAUAAAGUAAGGCGUCCAAAGAAGAGGGCAAGGGCCAUCGAUUUGGAAGAAAUUCCACAGUGGCUUCAAAAGAUAAGAGAGGAGAGGAGUAAGGAAGACGAGGCAUGGCGCGAGCAGCGAUUUCGAAUGCAUGAGGAGAAAAUUGCAAAGCUCAAUGAACUCAUUAAUUUACUAAAACCUAAGCAGUAUUAUCCUAUCGUACUUACCUAAAUGGUUGUAAACUUGUCAGUUGACACUAAUGUUGUUGAGUCCUAUAUAAUAGAGUUCUAGCUAUA